GCCUAACCCUGCGACGGUCACACUGUACGAGAUACCUGAAAAGUUUGCAAGUUUUUUCGUCUUGAUAAAUAAUCAAUUGUCGAAAUGGUUAAAGCUGUCUGCGUAAUUAAUGGCGAUGCCAAGGGCACUGUUUUCUUUGAGCAGCAGAGCAGCGAGACUCCCGUGACGGUCACCGGAGAGGUGUGCGGUCUGGCCAAGGGCCUUCACGGAUUCCACGUUCACGAGUUUGGAGACAACACCAACGGCUGCAUGUCGUCCGGACCGCACUUCAACCCCUAUGGCAAGGAGCACGGAGCUCCCGCCGACGAGAAUCGUCACCUGGGAGAUCUGGGCAACAUUGAGGCGAGCGGCGACUGUCCCACGAAGGUCAACAUUACCGACUCGAAGAUCACGUUGUUCGGCGCCGACAGCAUCAUAGGGCGCACCGUUGUGGUCCACGCCGAUGCCGAUGAUCUCGGCCAGGGUGGCCACGAGCUGAGCAAGUCCACGGGAAACGCUGGUGCCCGCAUUGGCUGCGGCGUCAUUGGCAUUGCCAAGAUCUAAGCGAUAAUCUAUUCCGAAGUCGGCCCCUGUGCUGAACUACUCUAUUAAGCACUACCCCCUGGAAAUAUGCAAACGAUAUACUUAUAAAUAUACAUAACCUGUGGUCUGUUAGGUUAAUACGCAACCUUUGAGGUUCAAUAAAUUGGUGUUUUCAAAUCAGCCUAUAACCAAAAA